GGGUGUAGGGUCACAGCAGACGCUCCUACACGUGUGUACACUCGGAAACCGUCCGUAACGGCUCUUAGUCAUUCAUGAAAUUAUCUGUAACUAAUUCGUUGUGAUUGUAGCCUACAUAUUUCAGGCGUGAGCUCGACCACUGCAGCGGCUAGGGAGGAAAUGCCGCGUAAUCUGGAAGUUGUGAAGCUCUCACUAGUUUCGUGUUGACUCUUCUGGAGAUUUGAAGCAUUUAUUUAUAUUGAACUUCUGCUUUUAAUCUGUAAAAACAUGAAGCUGUAGGCCUGUGUGACGAUCACAGCGCUGGGUGUUUAGUGUUCACCCAUUAAAUAGGGCGACCCUCAGCCACUUCAGUUUGCAUGUGGUUUAACCCACAGCAGCCGAGUUGAGUGUGAACUUUAUACUCCAUGAGUAUAUUUAGUAGAGUGGGUUAAUAUGAGCGAGAAACACGCGUUAGGAGAGACUAAACAAGACGAGGAGACUAAAGAGGACUUUGAGAACCAUGUUAAGCUGGAGGCGGGUGACGCGGUGCUGCGCGCCGACGAUCCGAGUCAGCUGGACGGUCAUGAAGCGCUGCGACCCAUCCGCCUGUACAAGCGGCGCUGGAUGAUCGUCCUCCUCUUCAGCUCCUAUUCACUGUGUAACUCCUUCCAAUGGAUACAGUACGGCAUCAUCAACAACAUCUUCAUGAAGUUCUACGGCGUGGACGCCUUCACCAUAGACUGGAUGUCCAUGAUCUACAUGCUGACAUACAUUCCCUUUAUCUUCCCGGUGACCUGGCUGCUGGACAAAAAGGGGCUCCGGGUCAUCGCGUUGGUGGCCACCGCGCUCAACUGUGCGGGCACGUGGAUCAAAGUGGCCAGCGUCAAACCCAACCUAUUCCCCGUCACCUUUCUGGGACAGUUUUCCUGCUCCUUCGCGCAGGUGUUCAUCCUCGGGAUGCCGUCGAGGAUCGCGUCAGUGUGGUUCGGCUCAGAGGAGGUGUCCACCGCCUGCUCCAUCGGAGUCUUCGGGAAUCAGUUGGGUAUUGCCAUUGGGUUCCUCGUGCCUCCCAUCCUGGUGCCUAAUGUGGACGACUUGGACGAGCUGGCUCACCACAUCAGCAUCAUGUUCUACAUCACAGCAGGAGUGGCGACGUUACUCUUCAUCCUUGUUGUCUUCGUUUUCCAGGAGCGUCCUAAACUUCCUCCAACUCAGGCCCAGGCCACAGCUCGCACCAUCCCACCAGAACACUACUCCUACACAGCUUCUAUCCUCAGGCUGCUCCGCAACAAGCCCUUCAUCCUCCUCAUCAUUACUUAUGGUUUGAACGUGGGUUGUUUCUAUGCUGUUGGCACCCUGUUGAACCGCAUGAUCAUCGAGCAUUACCCUGGAGAAGAGGUGAAUGCUGGGAGGAUUGGCCUCACCAUUGUCAUCGCGGGGAUGGUCGGCUCCCUCAUAUGUGGCAUUUGGCUGGACAAAACUAAAACCUACAAGCAGACAACCCUGGCAGUCUACUUCAUGUCUCUGGUGGGGAUGAUAGUUUAUGCUGCUACACUCAGCCUGGGACACCUCUGGGUGGUCUUCAUCACCGCUGGAGCUCUUGGGUUUUUCAUGACUGGCUACCUCCCGCUGGGUUUUGAGUAUGCAGUCGAGCUGACAUACCCAGAGUCAGAGGGAACUUCAUCUGGACUCCUCAACUGUUCGGCACAGGUGUUUGGCAUUAUAUUCACCAUCUGCCAGGGGAAGAUCAUCGACCAUUUUGGCACACUGGCAGGAAACAUCUUCCUCUGUGUUUUUCUUCUAAUCGGCACAAUUAUGACAGGUUUAAUUAAGUCUGAUCUGCGGAGACAAAAUGCAAACCUGUUGGCCAAAGCAGAAGCGGAGGGGAAGAUGUCGGGACAAGACUACGGAGCCACGGCGCUAAUCUCCCAGGCGCAGACCCCUCCUCCACAAGCCUGAUCAAUAACCCUUUCUGCUUCCACAAAAAACAAAACAAAAAAAAUCUCAAAUCUUAGCUCAACACGCAGAUGCACAAAGGGACCUUCUGACUGCCACAAUGGGAGCCUGGCUGCACCGUCUGUCAUCGGACAAGCCAAGUUUUAGACUAAAAACAAACACACACGCACAUAAAAGCCUUGGAAAUGAUCUCCUUCCUGUUACAGUGUAACAUACUGAGACAGAACAACACAAUCAGGAAGUCUUUAGACCUGCUUCCCUUCUGAGAAGAGUUAGAUGUACAGUGUUGUAUUAAAAUUCUGAAUUAAAUCUGAUAUUUAAUGCACAAUUGUGAGCGUAUGAGUUCAGAAAAAUAUUUUUGUUUUGUAUUGAAGUAUCAAUUGAAGGAUCUCGAUAAAUCCGCAAGACAAAUCUGUGAAACGUUUGUGACUCGACAAUGUUACUCGUCAGUAUUUUAAAGUGUAUGCAGUUGAUUAUGUACACUUAUAGGUACAUCCUCCAUAAUGAAGUGACACUUAACACUUAACCAUGUAAAUACCAUAUCCAUGUUUUUCUGAGUGAUUUUGGUAGAAGAUCUUUGUGAUUAAAAUAAUUUAUACAGCAGCAUUUUAACAGCAGUAAGGGAUGAAAUGUUCAUGACGCACAGUUGUGUAAUAUUUGUAACACUUCAUGUUUACUUGUUUAACAUGAAAUAAACUGUU